AAUCAAAAUAAUCGAUUUUAGCAUUUCCGCAAAAACACCGACUACAGAAAAAGCGAUUAUUUUCGUGUUUUCUCAUAGUGUCAAGCCCGGAAAUAAAAUGUAUCGUGCAUUGUAUGACUAUAAAACUGAUAUGAAACAGUAUCUUUCAUUUGUAACCGGUGAUCAGUUCACAGUGCUUGACAGUUCGCAGAAAGAUUGGUAUACUGCCCAGAAUGGUUUUGGAGAAAUUGGGUACAUCCCAAAGAAUUACGUUGUCAAAGAUCAGGUUAGUGAAAGCGAGAUUCUCCAGUCAAUUGACAGAGCCAUAGAAAUUAUUCAUUAUGAGGCAAGCACCAAGGGAGGGCAGUACACUCAUAGCCAGAGGGAAAAUCUCAAGAAGCUUAUAGAACACAGAGAGAAUGUACGACAAGCACACACUAAUACACAGGAAAGUUCAGACUGGGUUGUUGUGGCACCAGAAUCUACACAAGCCAGCAUGUCUUCAGAUAUUCAGCCAAAACGCCGUUCUGUCAGAAGGACAGCACCGGCUCCACCAGUGAGAUCAUCAGCGGAGAUAACUACAAGGAAAGUACAACAACCAGCUACUGCCCCUGUUCAGCAGAAUCUUCCAGAUCAGCACAUAUCUAGUGAAAUUAAUGCAGAUGAAGAAGUGAUUGUUAUAGAUAUGUCCAACUGUAGAAGUGAAAAGUUGGCUGUAUCUAUAGCAGAGAGUCUGUGGCAAAAACAGACAGUAUUAUAUCAAAGACAGAUUCUUCCACAAAAACAGACAGUAUUCCAACAGCAGACUGUGCUACAAGCCCUAUGCCCUCUCCUUCAAAAUUACACUUCUGUGACAGAGAACAAACUUAUAGAUUGCAGAACCAUUCCACUUCCAAGUGAACUUGGAAAUGAGCUUGUUGAAGAGAUUAGAAGAAACACUGGACUGAGUUACAAGAAAUCAUGCAUUGCUGUGGAAACAGUAUUAGGUCACAUGGGGUUGAAAGUUCCAGAAAUUUCAGAGUUGAUGGACAGAAUACAUGGCACUAUGUAUGAGAACGAUGCAGAUAAGCAUGAAGAAGAGACUAGUUUGGAUUAUGAACGUCUGUGUGAACUGUUUGCUGAAUUGACGGAGUGUAAAGAUGACUCGCAGCAACGUGGCUGGCAUCUACACGAAGAUGAGGAUAUUAUAAACAGUAAUCUGGAAGAAAUGUCGUCUAUACUGGAAAAUGCAAAACAGUCUGUUGCAAAGAAAGCAUUAGCGAGAGACAAUUAUGAAGGAGUUUAUAGUCUUGUGCAAUAUUAUCAGAUGGAAAACAGAUUACGUCUGAAGCUGGUUUUAUUGCGAGUGUUUGGGGCAAUGUGUUCUCUAGAUAGUGCAGUAAUCUCCCUUCUCUUGUUCUCUGUACUCACCACAGAACUGGCUGAGGAACUUCAACAGAACAUCGAAGACUUGCAAAGAAGUAGUCAUGUGACAUUGUUACUGUGUAUGAUUUUCAGUACAGGAGAACCAGUUCCUGCUAAUCUACAUGAUUAUUUAAAUGCAGAAUUCAUCCAUUUUGUGUUCAAAUCCCUGGAUAAUCCACCAAGUAUAGAGCAUGAGGAGGAGGUGGUCGAUCUACUGGUCAACUUUAUACUUGCCUUUAACCUACAUUGUCAGAUGCCAAGCGACAAUCUAGUCAUGAAAGUGAUUGAGGAAAGAAAAACUGUGAAAGUAUUCACAGAGAAACUGUUACUUCUUUUCAACAGAGAUGAGGACCCAGUCCAAAUGUUUGAGCAUGAACCAAAACCUCCUAAUUCUGUAAUGAAGAUAUUACAAGACAUGUACAGUUCACCUGGUACAGCAAACAUACUCUAUACAAACGAUGCCAGAGUCCUCAUAGAUAUAAUCUUGAGACAUCUCAUAGAUCUUCCACCAGGUGACAAGCUAAGGAGUGAACAUCUAAAGUUAAUGCAGCUAUACCUACAGAAUGCAGACUAUGUUGAACACAAGCAUAGAUAUGCCGAGCUCAGUGAGUGUUUACACAGAAUACACACAGAGGAAGAGGACACAGGAGAUGAUAAACAUAUAGUUACAUAUAUCUUUACACAGCUAAAUUUGUUCAAUGAUUAGAUAUUUAUUGCACCGUCAGUUACCUAUGUGUUUUAUUCCUCUACUCCAUGUGUUGUCACAUAAUGACCCACUUGGGUAUCCAAUGGUAAUAUAAUUGAGCUGCACCAUGAGAAAACCAACAUAGUGCAUUUGCGACCAGCAUGGAUCCAGACUGUUCGCUAAACGGUUUCAGUAAUUGCAGUAGGCUUUGAAAGCAAACAGCAUGGAUCCUGACCAGACUGUGCGGAUGCGCAGGCUGGUCUGGAUCCAUGCUGGUCGCAAAUGCACUACCGUAUAGCGGGUUAUUUCUGCGGUCAAAAUAUUCUGCGUUUAGGUCCAAAAAAAUGUGAAAGAAAUUUCUGCGUAUUUAAUUUUUGCGUUUUCACAUAAAAGGAAGUGAAACUUCUGCGUUUUCGAUACCAAGGAGGAAGUUGUUCCCCGCAUGAUCGAACGACGUGAGAAUGAUAGCAUAUGAAAACAAUAAACUAAAUUACCGGUAACUGCUGUUAAGUAGCUUUGCUUUUAAUGAAUACAUUGUAUGAUAUAAUCAUAUGUGAAUUGAAAAAAAUAUAAGUCCAACAGCAAUUGUACAUACUACAACUGCACACUACGGUAAAUUGGCAUAACAGUUACACAAGUAUAAAGGUUACUAAGUUAUAGUCGGGAGAAAACGUUUUCUGAGGGGUUAACAGUUAGGACUUUGAUUGACCAUCACACCUAAUUAUACCAUUAUCGGUAAUUGUUAGAUGACGACGGUAAUUUCAUAUAAUUAGACCAUGCCAUUGAGAACUUAAGAUUACCUCGGGUAACAUAUCGUGAAACAACCAUGAUGAAAAAAUGCAGAUAUUUUUCCGUUUCAAUUUUUUGCUGGAUGAAUAUUCUGCUGGAAGUAUUUUUGCGAUUCUACCGAGAGACCGCAGAAACGCAGAAAUAUUCCCCCCGUAGAAAUAACCCGCUAUACGGUAUGUUGGUUUUCUCAUGGUGCGGCUCAAUUACAUUCAAGUCAUAGAUUGAAUUAUUCUUAAGCAGAAAGUGUUCAAGGCUUAUUGCAUUGUUUAUGGUCUACUGUUUAAAUUAUGUUUUCUAUUUUUAUAAUUUUUGUGAUUCAGAAGUUGCUGGUCUAAAUCAAAAUCCUACACAAUUUAAAAAAAUAUUUUUAAGUGAAAGUGAAGUGAAAAUUAAGUUCUAGAAAAUCAAACAUACUGCAGUGCAUUAAACUUUUUAUGUAAAGAAGUGUUGAAGAGGCAAACCUUCAAAUGUAAAGACACAUUUAUAUGAUAACAAAAUUUAUAAAACAGUUUCAUGUAAGUUGAUCUUGUAUAUGUAUGAUACAAAAUAGUAUCUAUCUUUCUUCAUCUUACCUUAACUCAGAUUAACCACAAUAUGUGUGUUCACAAAACAUGAUCUGUAACAUUCUUGCAUUGGCCACUCCAAUUUAUGUUCAAAUCAUUUGUCUUGACUGCAUUAAGGCAGAACUCGGAAUUAAAAAAAUCAUUUAACAAUUUCUCAUAAAUCAAAUCCUCUUUAUAAUCCUUGCAUAAGCUUCUCUGAAUAUUGUUCAGAAGAUUUUGCUGGCAUCAGAUUGGGGCUGCCACAAAGUUCAGCAUAUUUUUGUAUACGAUUGAAACCCAGUAUCUUGAAUUCCAAGGGAUCGGGAUUUUUACUUCCAGAUAACCGAAAUUUGACUUAGAAUGAUAUUUUUACACGUGGUUUCAGGAACUUCUGGAAGGGACUUGAAAAUGUCUUCAAAAUAACUGGAAUUUUGAGAUUAGUGUGUUCGAGAUAUGAAGUUUUACAUGGAUUUACGUUAGGAAAUUAUUUAUAAAAAAAAUUCUUUUCUCACUGGUAGUGCAUUAGUUUUAACUAAAUUAUAAGUUUUUAAUAGUUUUUGGUGCUUUUGUACUGAAUUAGAGCCAGGUUCUUUGUUAAAAUUUGGUUCUGUCACAUGAGUAUAAAGAUAAACUAAACAUCUAAACAACUUCGACCCAUUUUAGUCUUCCUAGAAUGAAGUAAUAGUACCUAAAAUCAAAACAUCUCUUUGUUGUUUUUUUCUAUACCUCUUAAUUUCAGGCGCUUGACCAAUAAUUUUUUUUAAAAAAAUCAAAGUUUUUAAAGAGUUGACAUACAUUUGAAGACAUGCCUCUUUAAUUUAUUUAUUAAAUAUUUUUAAAAAUUCAUAUUUAUUUUAUAUUAAUAUUAUGCUGUAUUUUAAGUAUGAGCACAAACUUCACUCUAUGUUCACCUCUGCAUUAGUUACCUAGCAAUAUUUUGACUUAAAACAGUGAAAGAAAGCAGGAUGAUUGUAUUGUUGUGUUUAACAGUUUUUACUGACAGCUGUAAUUGUGAAAAUUACUCAUUUUGUGGAAAAGAAUAUUAAACCAGCCAAAUAUGUAGACCAGCCUUUAGAGAUCAUAAAUUUGCUUGUGGUUUUUAUAUACAGUUUAAAAUAGACAGAAAAUAAACAGAUAGGAAAUGAAAGUAAUUGUGUUUGAGGCGGCUGGUUCCUGUUUACAGAUGGUUUUAUGCACAAAUUUGACUGUAGUAUGUUAGUGGUAAAUGAUGCCUGUUUGUUAAUUACUUACUUGUUAUUGUUGUUUUUGAAAUAUCCCAGUGUUAAUCUUUGACAUUCCAAGUUUAUAUAGUCAGCAGUAAGUUGAUUUGAGAUUUAUGACUAAAUGAGUCGUAGAUGAUAUUGAAGUUAAUCUUUUUACUUAAUUUGCGUUAUAUUACACAGAAUACAAAUGUUAUCAUGCACACAUUUUAUUAAGAUACUAGAUUUGCUGUGCGAAAACCAACGAAAGGGCAUUAUGAUGAGGAAGGAACCAGAUCAGUGUACAUCCAUACUGUUUGUUAUCAAUUUCAGCACUUUUAUACAACUGAUAAGCAGACAGUAUGGAUCCAGAUCAGAUUGCGCGGAUGUGCAGGCUGAUUCAGAUCCGUACUGGUCGCAAAACCCUAAUCUUGGUUUUAGCACAGCGGCUGUUAAAUAAUUUGCAUGUUUAAUCUCAUUUUUGGAAAGCUGUAUGUUGUGAAGUAUUUCAAGUCUUCCAUGAGUUGUAAUAAAUUGGUAUUCCUUUGUAACGUAAAAUUGCAUUGUAUUAUAUAGGUGACAUUGACAUUACAUGCACACAGAUUUUUUACCUCACAGCUUUUUGAAGAUGUUGCAGUUAUUAGAAAUAACUGUUUGCCUGUCUAUGCCUAGUCUUCCUUGUAAAGUUGACAUAGCAUUAAGAAGGUUGUGAUUUCAGUAAAUGUGUGUAUCUCGGUUUAUUUAUAUUUGCCACUAGUUGCCCGUAUGAACAACUCCUCAAGUUAUUCACUGAGACCUCUUAGUAAAGUGAACUAGUCAUGUGAUAUUUAUUAGAAUUUAUAUCGUUUUAAUGACCUGGUUUUUGUUCUGUAACUGACUUACUUUGAUUUAUAGCUUUUUGUUAGAAGUUUGUUUUAUUUUAUUUUUAGCUCACCUGAGCCAAAGGCUCAUGGUGAACUUUUGUGACUGUUCAAUGUCCAUCAUGUGUCAGUCAACAUUUUCUAAAAAAUUCUUCUUGUUGAAAACCAAUAGGCAAAAUUACACCAAACUUCACAGGAAUGAUCCUUGGGUGGCACCCUUUCAAAAUUGUUCAAAGAAUUGAAUUCCAUCCAGAACUCUGGUUGCCAUGGCAACUGAAAGGAAAAAAUUUAAAUAUCUUCUUGUCCAAAACUGGAAGGCGUAGAGCCUUGAUAUUUGGCAUGUGACAUCAUCUAAUGGUCCUCUAUAAAGAUAGUUCAAAUUGUGCCCCUUGGGUGAAAAGAGGCCCUGCCCCGGGGGUCCCAAGUUUUACAUAGACAUAUAUAGGAAAAAUCUUUAAAAAUGUUCUUGUUUAAAACCACAAGACGUAGGACUUUGAUAUUUGGUAUGUGGCAUUGCCUUAUGGUUCUCUACCAAGAUUGUUCAAAUUAUUAAGCUGGGGUGAAAAGGGGCCCUGCCCCAGGGUGUCUCAAGUUUUACAUAGACUCAUCUAGGAAAAAACUUCAAAAAUCUUCUUGUUUGAAAUUGCAAGGUAUAGGCUUCCGAUAUUUGGUAUGUUGCAUUGCCUAGUGGUCCACUACCAAAACUGUUCAAAUUUUGCCCCUGGGGUGAAAAGAGGCCCUGCCCUGAGUGUCCCAAGUUUAACAUAGACUAAUAUAGGAAAAAAAUUAAAAAUCUUAUUUUCUGAAAGUGCAAGGCCUAGGCCUUUGAUAUUUGGUAUUAAGCAUUGCCUGGUGGGUCUCUAAUAAGGUUGUUCAGAUUAUGCCCCUAGGAUGGAAGGAGGCCCCGCCCUGGGGGUCACUUGAUAUAUGAGUUAUAUAGGAAAAAUACUUAAAAAAAUUAUCAGAUCAUAUUUCCUAAACUGUUGAAUUAUAUACCUGAUGACCCCAAGUGAUUAGGGGUCACCUGACUGUGACCUUGAUCUACUGACCUACUUUCUUGUUUGUAUUGUAUACAGCCUUGAAAUUUGGAAAACAUGUACAAUUUUGCACACCAGUCCUAAAACUGACUUUCAGUGACCACGAGUGUGACCUACUGACUUACUUUAAUUUUGUUAGCAUCAGUUUGACAUUUGAAACAUGUAGCUCAUAUUACUCAGGUGAGCGAUCCAGGGUCAUCAUAACCCUCGUGUUUGUUAUUUGUUGAAGGGACCAUGAACAAAAGCUAUUUUCUUUUUUUAACCAUUUUUAUUUUCUGUUGUGAGCUGUAUCUUGUUACAAAAAUUUGGUAAGGCCUAAAUGCAUAAUAUGCCAAUUUUCAUGAUUAUUUCCCUUUGAUUAACCAUUUAUAUCAGAAUCUGCAGUUUCAGACAUACACUGAAACAUUUUGAAAAUGCACACAGGUUCCACCAAUUUUUUUUUGUGAAUAGUGGAGGUAAAGUGUUUGAUAACAAGAUAAUUUUAGACAUAUAUUUUUAUAUUCCUUAAUUUUGGAAUUAUCUUUCGUUUAAAUGAAGCAAAUUAUUUAGCUACAUCAUGUUUUUGAUCAGCUGUGUAAGAUAAUUCUGUCUUACAACUGACUGACUAGAAAUACACUUUUCCUUGAACAGGUACUGUGGAUUUAUUUUAUUCUUUGUAUUUUGUUGUCGAGUAAGUCAACAAUUUUAAAUCCUAAGGAACAAGUAAACUCCUCUUCAUUUCAAUAUCAAAUCUUUAAAUCCACAAAUUCACAUGUCCACAAAAUAGCUGUUUUGGCCAAAAUCACACAAUUUUGUGCCCAGGAAAUGAAAUGAUACAGUAUUAACUUCUUAAAUGUCGGUGUUUAUCCAAGUCAAAGUACAUGAGGGGUUAUUUUACAAUCAAUUUGAAACUUAGGAAGUACUUUAUUCAAAAAUGUUGAUAUGUGUGUACAUUUCGAUGUUUGAUACAUACAUUAUUACUUAAAAAAUAUUUCAAGAUCUGGAAUAUUUAGCCUUCUUCUCAAAAUGCAUAACAAAUGAGCCUUAAGGAGAGCUCCUUGAUUAAAAGAAUUCAAAGCUUACAAGUGCAACAUUGAUGAAACUUUUAUAUAGACAUCAUUAAGUACAUGAAAAGUUAUUAUGACUAUUGGUGUAUUGAAACCAUAAUGGAGCCUGUCUGUUUAGCUCAGUAGGGAGAGGGCAGAUCUACGGAUCAUGGGGUCAAGAGUUUGAUCCAACAGUUGUAACAGGUCCAGAAACAAGAUUUAAUGAAAGCCUGCACUACAAACUGGAGUUACUCAGUUAUAUUAGUGUGUAUUUUCAAAAUGUUUGAGUGUAUAGAAUCAAGAUUAAGAUUUCAUAUAUAUAUUGAGAUUUACUUAUAGUACAUUUUAAGAUUAUUUCUUCCUUCAUUAACUUUUGAAAAAGUCUGAAUACCCAAAUUAAUAUUGAUUCGUAUUUUAAAUUGUGUGCACAUCAAGUGUUGAAUGUACAUACUAAACAAGAUUUGCUAUAAAUGACUGAUGAAAUUUCAAAUUUCUUAAAACAUUUUUUAAAGACUUUUUUUAACUAAUUUAAAAGUAAAAAUGCUCAAACUUACAUAAUAACCAGAAUCUAUAUGAGCCGUGUCAUGAGAAAACCAACAUAGUGGGUUUGCGACCAGCAUGGAUCCAGACCAGCCUGCGCAUCCGCGCAGUCUGAUCAGGAUCCAUGCUGUUCGCUAUUAGUUUCUCUAAUUCCAUUAGGCUUUGAAAGCGAACAGCAUGGAUCCUGACCAGACUGCACGGGUGUGCAGGCUGGUCUCGAUCCAUGCUGGUCGCAAAGCCACUAUGUUGGUUUUCUCAUGGCACGGCUCAUAUGUCCCAGAUAUUUUUUACAUUUCUGUAAUGGCAGAUCAGGGUAGUUAUUUUUAUUCAAAACGGGAAUUGAUAAUUGAAAUAUUGCGUUAGGCCAACAGGCAUAUAAUUUAUUAGAAAAUCUAAUUGAUGUAACACAUUGGGAGAGAACUUUCGGUAUUUGUAUUUCAACAGUUCUUCUUGUGUCAGCUGAUCAGUUAAGAUUAGUUAAUGUUACCAGGCAGCCUAAUUUACAAGCAUUUUACAUUAAACUUCGCCAGGAGAUAUCCUAGUACAGCUAAAUGAUAUUACUUAACAGUGUUCUGUGCACAGAUUAUGUUGUUAAUGUUUUUGUUAUUAAUUUUAUAGCAAUAAACCCCAGAAA